AUGACAGCCGUGUGCCGAAGUUUUGCUCAGAUGGCCAUCGAUUUGGGGCAGCCAGCUAUGCUAAUGAGCUUGAAGCCACUGCGUGCUGGCCUUGAGAAGCUCCAGGACACGCCCGAGACUCUCACACCAGUGCACGCGGAGUUUCUGAGGGUGUGUUUGAAAGUGAAGGUGUACCAUAUAGCGGCGCAGUUGUUGGAUCAAGCCAUUUAUGACAUCUCAAUCAGUACUGGCGGCAAUAGCAGCAACAGCCCUGCACAAGUAACGCCUCAGAGCUUUCUUAGUUUCUUCUACUAUGGAGCUUUGGUGCGCAUUGGCACUCGGGAGUAUGCCAAAGCUAUUCAGCUACUGCUGGUUGCUUUGACAUGUCCAGCUUCAUGCUUGAGCGCUAUCCAGGCAGAUGCGUACAAGAAGUAUGUACUGCUAUGUCUCAAGGUGCAUGGUGAAGUGAAGCCACUUCCAGUCUACACGUCCCAUAUCCUCCAAAGAUACUCCAAGAGUGCCAGCUACGUUUUAGAGAUUGCCGAGUCCUUCAAAACAGCAGAUGCAACUGCCCUUCAGCGGAUCAUAGAGGAGAAGCAGCCAGCCAUUGAGGCGGAUCAAAACAUGGGCCUGGUGAAACAGGCCUUGGCUUCGAUGCAGCGCCACAAAAUUUUGACAUUGACCAAGACAUACCUGACACUGUCACUGUCUGAAAUAGCUAGUGAGGCAGGGAUGCCCACUGAUACCAAUGAAGUUGAGGCCAUUCUGUUCGACAUGAUCUCAGAAGGAGAGAUCAAGGCAAGGAUCGACCAACAGACCGGCAACGUGUCCUUCGAAGAUGCAGAUGAGAAUCUGGACAUGGACAUGAUGCAAAAGCUACAGGGCAAGUUGGCAAAGAUCAUUGACAUCUCCCAGAGGAUAAGCUGGUUUGAGCAAGAGGUGGUCACAAGCGAGUCCUACGUCCGGAAGACCAGUCUUCUAGACAUGUCGGCUGCGGACCGACAGGUGGGUGGUGCCAUGAGCUAUGAUGUCAUGGACAUGUGA